CCACUUUAGCUCCUCGAAGUUUCAGUGAAGGGGGCAUCACUGCAGCGCACUGCAGGGAAGGAAAGAACAGAAGGGAAAAGAAGGGAGAGAGGUGCCCCAUCCAUCCAUCUAUCCAUCCACUGAAUGUUCCCGCAGGACUUUAUUAACGUAUGGCUGCAUGAGAGGCUUUGAGCUGUGGCGCUUUCUCUCUCCGGGACUGUUGGGUUAAUGCUUCUGUCCUGAUUUUAAGCAGUUGUCAUAAAAAUAUAACCGAACUCUUCGCGUCAGUACGGGCGCAGGUGGUCAUGGAUACACCUAUCAGAUGGAAAGUAAAGCGGAGGUUUAAGGAGUUGCGGCUGUCGGUACUCCUAGUAUUCCUGAUGUUUGUCACCUCACGAGUCAGCGCAGCUGAGCCAGCCGAUCUCCUAAAGAUUUUAGAUUUUCACAGUUUGCCGGAGGGUGUAACGAGAAAUACUGGAUUCUUCUGAAACCGGAAGUCAUCAAAAGGGCCUGAUGUCGCCUACAAAGUCACAAAAGAUGCACAGCUUAGCGCUCCUACUAAACAACUCUACCCCUCGUCCGUGUUUCCUGAGGACUUCUCCAUCUUGGCGACGGUGAGGCCAAAGAAAGGCAGUCAGUCCUUCCUGCUGUCGGUGUAUAAUGAACAGGGCAUCCAGCAGCUCGGUCUGGAAGUGGGACGCUCUCCUGUCUUCCUGUAUGAGGAUCACCUGGGCAAACCUGGCCCGGAGGACUACCCGCUCUUCAGAGGGGUCAACUUGGCAGACGGAAAGGUGGGUGGAUAGAUUUGUGUAUGGUUGGAUGGUGUGGCGAUCAGUGUUCACAAACAGAGCAUCACUCUGGUUUUGGACUGUAAGAAAAAGGUGACACGGACGCUAUCCAGAAGCCCUCACCCCAUCAUCGACACCAAAGGCAUCGUGGUCUUCGGGACGCGUAUCCUGGAUGAGGAGGUGUUUGAGGGUGACAUCCAGCAGCUGAUGAUUGUAUCGGACCAUCGUGCUGCGUUUGACUACUGUGAGCACUACAGCCCCGACUGUGAGGUUCCUGUAUCUGAACACCACCAGAACCAAGAACCAAACACUGAUGAAUAUAACACAGAGGAUGACUACUAUUACGAAUAUCCCUACUAUGAGGACAUGGACAAUGAAAAGACAGAAGAAAGGACUGGAACCGAAACUGAAGACCUAACGGUGUCUGUUCCGGAUAGCGGUCGCGUGGUUACGUCGGUUAUCACUAGUGGAACAGGAGGCUCCAGCAGUUCCUCGAGUAGCUCCUCCUCCUCCUCUACUUCAUCCUCUUCAUCCUCCAGCUCUACCACGACUACUGGCGAGGAACCGUACGACGGCUACGAUGGAUACGAGACUGGAUAUGAGACAGACUAUGACGAGUCGACCUCGCGGCCUGACGGCUCCCGGACCAUCAGCAUCACUAGCACAGGCACCGGCGGAGAAGUGGAUAUCGGACUGGGUGGUGAGGUGGAUAUGGGACUGGGAGGAGACCUGGACAGGCGGAUCAUUACAUCAUCAUCAUCAUCAUCAUCGUCAUCAUCGUCGUCGUCGUCAUCAUCAGGAGGAGGAGGAGGAAGUGGAAGAGUUCACUCAGCUGUCACAGUCAUUCACAAUGGAACGUCUGGCUCUGUUUCCAGCUCCGGCUCUGGCACUGGCUCUAGCACCAGAAUCAUUACUAGCUCCGGCUCCAGCUCCAGCUCUGGAGUCAGUACCGGCUCCAGCUCCAGCUCCAGCUCUAGCUCUACCUCGGUUGAUGGUGGUUAUGAUGAUACCCAGUACGGCGAGGGUCUUGAUCUGACCUAUGGAGAGGGAUAUGGAGAAGGAUACGGAGAGGGAGAUUAUACCGUGGAAGGAGGCGGUAGCAGCAGCACUUCAGUGUCCGUAGGGGGCGGAUCUGUAUCUGUUGGAGGCGGGUCUGUUUCUUCAAGUGGCUCAGUUGGGGGUGGAUCCGGCAGCGCUGGGGCCAGCGUGGGGGCGGGGUCUGUUGCCACCGGUGGACAGGGAGGAAUCGGUGGAGAGGCAGAUUCCAUCGAUAUCGACAAGUUCAAGGAGGAGUCCAUCACGGAUUACACCGACGCAGAACUAGAGAAGAUGUAUGACUAUGAUGACCUGUACACCGACGGCGACAAAGCCCUGCCAGCAGAGACCGAUGAGGUCUAUGGACAGGUGGAUGGACUGAGGGGAGAGAAAGGCCAGAAAGGAGAGCCUGCUAUCAUUGAACCCGGAAUGCUGGUCGAAGGCCCAUCUGGUCCAGAGGGUCCCACGGGUCUCCCUGGUCCUCCAGGUUCAACGGGACCCCCAGGUAGUGCUGGAGACCCCGGUGAGAGGGGUCCUCCUGGUCGCCCUGGUCUGCCUGGAGCUGACGGUCUUCCAGGACCUCCAGGGACUGUCCUGAUGUUGCCUUUCCGCAUGAGUACAGGAGGCGACAGCGGACAUAAAGGUCCUGCAGUUUCUGCCCAAGAGGCUCAGAUGCAAGCCAUCAUGCAGCAGGCCAGGCUGGCGAUGAGGGGUCCAACCGGACCCAUGGGUUUGACGGGCCGUCCCGGUCCUCUGGGUUCUCCUGGUGUUCCUGGACUGAAAGGAGAGUCUGGGGAAUCAGGACCUCAGGGUCCUCGUGGUCCACUGGGAUCCAUAGGCCCUCCUGGAAAGCCUGGUAGAAGGGGUCGACCCGGCUCAGAUGGAGCCAGAGGGAUGCCUGGACAGACGGGACCAAAGGGUGACCGAGGAUUCGAUGGGCUCGCUGGCUUGCCUGGAGAAAAGGGUCACAGGGGUGAGAUAGGUCCUCAUGGGCCACCUGGGCCUCCAGGAGAGGAUGGAGAAAGAGGCGAUGAUGGUGAGGUCGGACCCAGAGGUCUGCCCGGAGAACCAGGUCCUCGUGGUUUGUUGGGCCCCAAAGGUCCCCAGGGGCCCCCAGGAUCUCCCGGUGUGACUGGUAUGGACGGACAUCCUGGACCUAAAGGAAACAUUGGUCCUCAAGGUGAGCCAGGACCUCCAGGACAACAAGGCAACCCCGGAGCUCAGGGACUUCCAGGUCCUCAGGGAGCGAUCGGACCUCCAGGAGAGAAGGGUCCCACUGGAAAACCAGGCUUACCGGGAAUGCCAGGAGCCGAUGGACCUCCGGGCCACCCAGGAAAAGAAGGGCCAUCCGGAGAGAAAGGACAUCUGGGACCUCCUGGUCCUCAGGGGCCGAUCGGAUAUCCUGGGCCUCGAGGUGUAAAGGGUGCUGAUGGAGUCCGCGGGCUGAAAGGAAACAAGGGUGAAAAGGGAGAAGACGGAUUUCCGGGAUUUAAGGGAGAUAUGGGCAUCAAAGGUGACAGGGGAGAACUUGGUGCCGCCGGACCCAGAGGUGAAGACGGGCCUGAGGGACCCAAAGGAAGAUCUGGUUUACCUGGAGAUGCUGGACCACUCGGGCCGACCGGAGAGAAGGGUAAGCUCGGUGUGCCUGGGUUGCCAGGUUAUCCAGGAAGACAAGGCCCCAAGGGUUCUCAAGGAUUCCAGGGAUUCCAAGGAGCCAGCGGAGAGAAGGGCACGAGGGGCACAGCAGGAAAGCCGGGACCCCGAGGACAGAGAGGACCCACGGGACCCCGUGGUGAAAGAGGGCCGAGGGGACCAACUGGUAAAGCAGGACCAAAGGGCAACUCAGGAAGCGAUGGCCCCCCAGGACCACCCGGUGAACGGGGUCCGUUAGGAUCAGCAGGACCUACUGGAUUCCCCGGCCCUAAGGGUCCACCGGGACCUCCCGGAAAGGACGGGCUGCCUGGACACCCUGGCCAGAGAGGAGAGACUGGUUUCCAAGGUAAAACUGGACCUCCCGGACCCCCAGGUGUAGUCGGACCUCAGGGACCAACAGGUGAAACAGGACCAAUGGGAGAGCGAGGCCACCCUGGACCCCCAGGACCACCCGGUGAACAGGGUCUGCCUGGAGCUGCUGGGAAAGAGGGAGCAAAGGGAGAUCCAGGUCCCGCAGGACCCACGGGUAAAGAUGGACCUCCAGGACUGCGAGGGUUCCCAGGCGAGAGAGGUUUACCAGGCCCUGUGGGGUCUGCAGGUUUGAAAGGGAAUGAAGGACCUCCAGGGCCACCUGGACCCGCUGGUUCUCCUGGUGAACGUGGUGCUGCUGGCCCAGCUGGACCUACCGGCCUCCCGGGCCGACCCGGACCUCAAGGACCCCCGGGACCCGCUGGAGAGAAAGGUGGACCUGGCGAGAAAGGACCUCAAGGCCCAGCUGGUAGAGAUGGUAUUCAGGGACCUGUGGGACUUCCAGGCCCUGCCGGACCCAUCGGACCCCCAGGAGAGGACGGUGAUAAGGGCGAGCUUGGAGAGCCGGGACAGAAGGGAAGCAAAGGUGACAAGGGCGAGCAGGGUCCUCCGGGGCCCGUCGGUAGCCAAGGUCCUCCAGGUCAGCCGGGUCCACCUGGUGCUGAUGGAGAGCCCGGUCCCAGAGGUCAGCAGGGUCUGUUUGGGCAGAAGGGAGAUGAGGGUGCACGAGGCUUCCCAGGACCACCAGGACCUGUCGGCCUUCAGGGUUUGCCUGGACCCCCGGGCGAGAAGGGAGAGACUGGUGACGUCGGUCAGAUGGGUCCACCCGGUCCUCCUGGCCCCAGAGGCCCCUCCGGACCCCCAGGAGCCGAUGGACCACAGGGACCCCCGGGAGGAAUCGGCAACCCAGGAGCCGUGGGAGAGAAGGGAGACUCCGGUGAAACAGGAGAACCAGGCCCACAGGGAGACGUCGGCCCCCCAGGUCCAAGAGGAGAGCGAGGAGAAAAGGGAGAAUCCGGACCCGCUGGUUCUGCUGGGCCCCCCGGACCUAAAGGACCACCAGGAGAUGAUGGUCCUAAAGGAAGCCCUGGUCCGAGUGGUUUCCCUGGUGAUCCUGGUCCUCCUGGAGAGCCUGGUCCAUCUGGUUUGGAUGGUGCUCCUGGAGAUAAGGGUGAUGAUGGAGAGCCUGGACAGCCGGGAUCCCCUGGACCUACUGGUGAAACUGGCCCCACUGGACCUCCAGGAAAGAGAGGACCUCCUGGACCUGCUGGACCUGAAGGAAGACAGGGAGAGAAGGGUGCCAAGGGUGAAUCUGGUCUCCUGGGUCCACCUGGUAAGACAGGUCCAGUUGGUCCUCAGGGAAGCCCUGGAAAGCCCGGUUCUGAGGGUCUGAGAGGUGUGCCUGGACCAGUGGGAGAACAAGGACUGCCCGGUGCUCCCGGACCCGAUGGACCUCCUGGACCGAUGGGUCCUCCUGGACUACCUGGACUGAAGGGAGAUACCGGUAUUAAAGGUGAAAAGGGUCAUCCUGGUCUCAUUGGACUCAUCGGACCUCCAGGAGAACAAGGAGAGAAAGGAGACAGAGGGUUGCCAGGUCCACAGGGAACUGCAGGACUUAAAGGAGACACUGGUAUUUCAGGACCUGCUGGACCUAUUGGACCCAUUGGACCUCCUGGUCUCCCGGGUCCUCCUGGUCCUAAAGGUGCUAAAGGAUCAUCUGGUCAGACUGGACCGAAGGGAGAAGCUGGAGUGCCAGGACUUCCUGGACCUCCAGGUCCACCUGGUGAUGUCAUCCACCCUCUGCCCAUGCAGUCCAGCCCCAAACGGGCAAAGAGGAACAUUGACGCCAGCCAGAUGAUGGACGACGCUGCAGAUGCCAAUUACAAAGACUAUGAGGACGGCAUGGAGGAGAUAUUCGGCUCUCUGAACUCGCUCAAACUAGAGAUUGAACAGAUGAAACACCCGCUGGGCACACAGAGUAACCCCGCCCGCACCUGCAAAGACCUGCAGCUGUGCCACCCAGAUUUCCCAGAUGGUGAAUACUGGAUUGAUCCGAACCAGGGCUGCUCCAGAGACUCUUUCAAAGUGUACUGUAACUUCACAGCAGGUGGAGAGAGCUGCAUCUUCCCUGAUAAAAAGAGUGAAGGGGCCAGACUCACCUCUUGGGUGAAGGAGAAUCCAGGAAAGUGGUUCAGUGAAUUCAAACGUGGUAAACUGCUCUCAUACGCGGAUGCGGAGGGCAAUCCGAUUGGAGUGGUCCAGAUGACGUUCCUGCGUUUACUCAGUGCCACGGCUCGGCAGAACCUGACAUACAACUGUUACCAGUCAGUGGCUUGGCACGACCAGGACCUGGACUCUUACGAUAAAGCCAUCCGCUUCCUGGGUUCCAACGAUGAGGAGAUGUCUUAUGAUAACAACCCGUACAUCAGAGCCGCCGUCGACGGAUGCGCGUUGAAAAAGGGUUAUGAAAAGACUAUUCUUGAGAUCAACACACCGAAAGUGGAGCAGGUACCUUUUGUUGACGUUAUGUUCAACGAUUUCGGCGGAGCGACGCAGAAGUUCGGCUUUGAGGUCGGACCGGCCUGCUUCAUCGGCUAAGACUGCUCAGCGAGCACACGCGAACAAAACAUAUUCAUUUUCUCCGAAAACAAAACACAAGAAAGAAAUAGGACGACUUAUUUGUAAAGUUUUGUGUUUCCAAACAAACCCAACAGAUACCAAAGUAAGGAUAAAAGAAAUUUGAAGAAAGAAUGGAUGUCCAAACAAUGGGUUCUUAUAACAGAGCAACCUUUUUAACCUCAGUGUACCCUCUGCAUCACAUGCAAGUUUUGAAACUGGAUGAGGUCACCACUCAUGUCUCUCCCAGCCCCGCCCACUUUACGCUCAUCCGACUCUUCACCCCUCCCACAGGCUGUAUAGACAGAUUAGAUCCAUCCUUUUAUUUCCCUCCUGUUCUUGCA